AUGUCUCGACCAAGUCACCGGGAUCGAGAAAAGUAUGAACCGCCUAAUCCUCGUCGAAGCCAUGUCAUUCUCCAGGCCGAUGAUGCCAACGGAAAAGAGACUGCAUGGUUCGAGCUGGAAAUUACUGGCUCUGUACGAAACCUGAGCCCCCAGCUGUGGUCGUUGACACAUUUGACAUCACUCUAUCUCAACGACAACUGCUUGACUCGUGUUCCACCAGAUAUCUGCAAGCUCACCUCUUUGCAAUACCUAGAUUUAUCUACAAAUAAACUCCGAAAUCUACCAGCGGAGAUUGGCGAUUUGAUAAUGCUUCGGGAGUUGCUCCUUAACAACAACAUUCUGCGAAGUUUGCCAUAUGAAUUGGGGAAGCUUUUUCAGCUACAGAAUCUUGGUUUAAAGAACAACCCUUUGACUCAAGAGCUUCUUGUCAUCUACAAUGAACCGAAUGGAACGCAAAAGCUACUAGCAUACUUAUUGGACAACCUCCAACCAU